UGCUCCUAAGCUCUUGUAUCCGAGGAGCAGCAGACACGGUGCAAAAGAGAGGAAGGCAAAAAGAAGGACAUCAGAGGGGGAGAUAGGGACAACACCUCAUCAAGGAGAGAAGGACAGAUUGAAAGGUUGUGGACUUCACACAAUAAAGAAUAAACAUGAUCUUGGCAGCAUAUCGAGAUAAGGUGAAGGAGCUCCCUCUAGUGUCACUUCUAUGCUCCUGCAUAAACGUAAACCCUGCAGACAGUCCCACAUACAAGGCUGAGGAUGCUGUGGAUCUCAACUGGUGUGUGAUCAAAGAUAUGGAGGUCAUUGAGCUGAACAAGCGAACCUCGGGCCAGGCAUUUGAGGUAAUCCUGAAGCCACCCUCAUUUGAGGGUGUCCCAGACCUCAACACAUCCAUGCCCCAACGAAAGGACCCCUCUCUGGAGGAGAUCCAGAAGAAGUUGGAAGCAGCAGAGGAGAGGCGGAAGUGUCAGGAGGCUGAGAUGUUAAAGCAUCUCGCUGAGAAGAGAGAGCAUGAGAGAGAGGUCAUCCAGAAGGCAUUUGAGGAGAACAACAACUUCAUCAAGAAUGCUAAAGAGAGGCUGGAGCAAAAGAUGGAGGUCAUCAAAGAGAACCGUGAGGCUCUGUUUGCAGCCAUGCUGAAAAGACUACAGGAAAUGGACAAACACGCAGAGGAGGUGAGGAAGAACAAAGAGCUGAAAGAGGAGGCCUGCCGGUAGAGGAGUGCCUGCUGCACAGGACCACUUCCUGUGGCACAGGCUAGUCAUGGGGACAAGAAAUAUGGUGACAAAACUGGAGAAGAGAAAAAACGAAGCAAAUGGUAGCCAAUACAUCUCAAUAGUGGGGACUUAUUGGGCAAUGAUAAACACAAUUUGCAACACUCUAAGCUUUUGUAGGGUUUAACAACAUCAAA